GCCCGCGCCCCCGCCCCUCGGGUCCCUCUCAGACGUGUUGCUACCGGGGGUCUGCCUCCUGCCUUCCUGAGCUCUCCCGGCCAAGGGGGGCGAGGACGAGGACCGGGCCGCAGCACUGCUCCGCGUGGACGCGCUGCCUCUCGUGCAGCGGCCGCCGCCGCCAGAGCGAGCAAUUGCGAGCGACCGGAGGCUGCGCGGAGGAGGCCCCCACGGCGGCCGGCGGCGGGGCAGGAAGGACAGAGCCGACCUCUGCCCGCCCGAGGCUCGGCUGCUCCCGCGCGCCCGGGGCCGCCGCCUCCCCAGGGCUGAGCGAGGAAUGAGCAGGCGCCCGCCUGGGGCUGUUGGGCCGAGAGGCCGCGGCUCGGCUUCAUCCCACGCCGCGGGGCCGCGGGGGCUCGGUCACCGCGGCCGGGAGCGGCGGGGUCAGCGGCGGCCUCGCUCGGGGAGCAGGCGCCGGGGUUAACUUAACCGGCCGCGGAGAGGAGGAGGAGCAGCCGGGCGGGGGCGGCCGCCGCGCCUCCCCUCCCCCCGCACACGCCGGGGCUUCUCAGUGGCCGCCGAGUAGGAAGUUCCGCUCGUUGACAGACCCGUGCGGUAGCCACGGCGGCGGUGGCUGGAGGGCUCAAGUCUUCUGGUCGCAAAAGCUCUCCGUCCCGGCCGUCCAGUGGCAGCGUCGGAGCUCCCCCCGGCGUCCGGAUUUGAGCGGCAGCGUCGGGAGGCGCGAGCGUCCGAGACCUUCCUCUUGCUACUUCGCCCGGCGCCGCUGCUUUGGCUUCCUGGAGAGGUGGGACACCUCCGACUUAGGAGGACACCCCUAUUUUUCCACUACUGAGGUUUAAAGAUUCUGGAGUCGAAGCAUCAGAGGUUGUUAAGUGAAUCUUCUGCAACUCGAAUUGGCCUGGCUCCAUUUUGGGGUAGGAGGCCACGUUGGAGCAUCUCUGGGGUGUAGGAAUGAAAGAACCCACCUUGCAUGCCUUCCGCAGUGUUGCUUGAUUGAUCUAUCCUUAGGGAUGAAAAGGAGACUUGUAAGUAUCCGAUGAGGUACUGAAAGCCAUAUGGAAAAGGAAAUACAUAACAGGACAUAAACUAGUGAUCGCUUCGGGGCCACAUACGUUUCUGAAUGUAAUUGGACGAGCGUGAAAGAGGUGCCCUAUUAAAAAGCACAACAGUCCUUCAAGAGGAGAAAUUUUGAGUUUCCCCGUUUUUACCAAGAUUUUGAAGACGGUUCCAUGCAUUGUACAUACGAUAUAAGAUGAGAACUUCAUAAAAUAUUUUGUCCAAGAGUGAAAACGAUGACUACCCCAGCCUUGCUGCCCCUGUCUGGACGAAGGAUACCACCUCUGAAUUUGGGGCCGCCUUCAUUCCCACAUCACAGGGCUACCUUGAGACUUUCUGAGAAGUUUAUCCUACUCCUUAUUCUAAGUGCCUUCAUCACCCUGUGUUUUGGGGCAUUCUUCUUCCUUCCAGACUCUUCAAAACACAAACGCUUUGAUCUGGGUUUGGAAGAUGUGUUAAUUCCUCAUGUAGAUGCCAGCAGAGCGGCUAAAAACCCUGGAGGCUUCCUGAUCCAUGGACCUGAUGAACAUAGACACAGGGAAGAAGAGGAACGUUUGAGAAAUAAAAUUCGAGCUGAUCAUGAGAAGGCCCUUGAAGAAGCGAAAGAAAAAUUAAAAAAGUCAAGAGAGGAAAUCCGAGCAGAAAUUCAGACAGAAAAAAGUAAGGUAGUCCAAGAAAUGAAGACGAAAGAGAAAAAGUCACUGCCACAAGUCCCUAUACCGAACCUUAUAGGAAUAAAUGGUGGAGACCCAGAAGAUAAUGACAUAAGAAAGAAAAGGGAAAAAAUUAAGGAGAUGAUGAAACAUGCCUGGGAUAAUUAUAGGAUGUAUGGAUGGGGACAUAAUGAGCUGAGACCUAUUGCAAGGAAAGGGCAUUCCACUAAUAUAUUCGGAAGCUCACAAAUGGGUGCUACCAUAGUAGAUGCUUUGGAUACCCUAUAUAUCAUGGGACUUCAUGAUGAAUUCCGAGAUGGGCAAAAAUGGAUUGAAGAUAACCUUGAUUUCAGUGUGAAUUCAGAAGUGUCUGUGUUUGAAGUCAACAUUCGAUUUAUUGGAGGCCUACUUGCAGCAUAUUACCUUUCAGGAGAGGAGAUAUUCAAGAUUAAAGCAGUCCAACUGGCUGAGAAACUCCUUCCUGCCUUUAACACACCUACUGGAAUUCCCUGGGCAAUGGUGAAUCUGAAAAGUGGAGUAGGGCGAAACUGGGGCUGGGCAUCUGCAGGUAGCAGCAUUCUUGCUGAAUUUGGUACACUACAUAUGGAGUUUGUGCACCUCAGCUACUUGACAGGGGAGCCUGUUUACUACAAAAAGGUCAUGCACAUUCGGAAACUACUUCAGAAAAUGGAUCGUCCAAAUGGUCUUUAUCCAAAUUAUUUGAACCCAAGAACAGGUCGCUGGGGUCAAUAUCAUACAUCAGUUGGUGGUCUGGGAGACAGUUUUUAUGAAUACUUACUAAAAGCAUGGUUGAUGUCAGAUAAAACAGACCAUGAGGCAAGAAAAAUGUAUGAUGAUGCUAUUGAGGCUAUAGAAAAACAUCUCAUUAAGAAGUCCCGAGGAGGUCUGACUUUUAUUGGAGAAUGGAAGAAUGGGCACUUGGAAAAGAAGAUGGGGCAUUUGGCCUGCUUUGCUGGGGGAAUGUUUGCUCUAGGAGCAGAUGGUUCCAGAAUGGAUAAAGCUGGCCAUUAUUUAGAGCUAGGGGCAGAAAUUGCACGAACAUGUCAUGAGUCAUAUGACAGAACUGAAUUAAAACUGGGUCCUGAAUCAUUCAAGUUUGAUGGUGCAGUAGAGGCUGUGGCAGUCCGGCAGGCUGAAAAAUAUUACAUCCUCCGUCCAGAAGUAAUUGAAACCUAUUGGUACCUAUGGAGAUUUACUCAUGAUCCAAGAUACAGGCAAUGGGGCUGGGAAGCAGCGCUGGCUAUUGAAAAGUAUUGCCGAGUUAGUGGUGGAUUUUCUGGGGUGAAGGAUGUAUAUUCCUCUACUCCUACACAUGAUGACGUACAGCAGAGCUUCUUUCUUGCUGAAACAUUGAAAUAUUUGUAUCUGCUGUUCUCCAGUGAUGACCUUUUACCUUUAGACCACUGGGUGUUCAAUACAGAGGCUCAUCCUCUGCCUGUGUUAAAUUUAGCCAACACCACACUUUCAGGAAAUCCUGCUGUUCGAUGAAAGCAGCUCCAGAAAGACCUUGCUCACCUGUGUUUUGUUUACAUGGACCACUACAGAAGUUAGUCUGGAGAGGGGGCUUUUGAAAACCUGGACCUCUUAACUCAGCAUGGCAGGGAGAAACAUGACUAUUCCCUGCAAGACUUUUCAGCUUGUAGAGAUCUCAACUUUGAACUGAUUCCAUUUUAUACCUGACCAAAACAUAUUCUGGUAUGUGUAGGACAGAGACCUGAUGUGCUUUUAUUCUUAACAAGAUGGUCACAUGAGAAAUUGUGCUUAUUACUGCUGUAUCAUUUUUAGAGUCCUGGAAUCUGGAUGCUAGACUUCCUAAGAAUAUGCCAAGAAUGUGGAGCAUCUUGCAGGGGUUAGAGAUGGCCUUUGGGACCAUUUAUAUAUUUGUUUCCUCCCAAAGUGGAGCAGCUUUCAAAUCAAAUAUUUAAUGCAUUGUUUAUCUUUUUUUCUCCAUUUUUAAUAAUGGAAUGAAUUAAAAUAAACAAGAACAAAAGACCAGUAUAACUGCAUCAGUAGCAAGAAGACUCGAAAAAGAAACAGGAGUACCUUUUCCUGUCUGAGUUUUCAGAUUCCCCAUUGAUGACCAGACUGGUGACCAUUUCAAAUCCUAAUCUAUUCCAUUGAAUUUCUUGUUUAAAUUUCAUUUUCUCUGGGAGCAUGAUCUCACAAAGAUUGCUCUUCAAGUCUUUGUCUCCAUUUGGAAUCAUUGAAACUGCUAUUUAUCAUAGUUACUACUUUUGAGCCUGGUUUUGGGAUUUUCUGCAUGUUGAUCAAGUCUAGUGUUGGUAGCAUGACAAAAAAUGGGAAAACUGCUGCAAUUUGUUGCCUUGAGACCUGUUCUAAGAGAAAGACUUGGUUUUGUUGGUUAGGAGAUUAUUUUUCCAAACCAGAAAAUCUACCAAGUAAACUUCAUCCACUUUAACCUCAUUAUAAACUUAGUAGAAUCCUUUAAUUUACAACUUUUUUAUGUGGCUUGGCAAAAUUUACUAUACUAUUAUGCAUCUCUGAAUUUACCUUGAUGAGCCAAAUUAUUCUUAUGGUGUAUUAAGUCAAAAACAAAAAAAAACAUUGAAACUCAGUUAAAUAUUCUUCUGGAAUGGGGACAAGGGGUCCUUUAUUUAUCAUCUCAUCAGAUGAGUGAGCUUUUCACAAAUAUUUUAUGUAAAAAGUAAAUUCAACUUUUAUUUUCUCCAAGGAUAUUUGUAGAAAUCCAAAGAAUUAGUCAAAAUAGCUUCAAAAUAAUUUCUAGUAAUGGAAGUGUGGUGUAAUUACUCAUAUCACACUAUAUUUAGGAUAUAUCUAAGGGACUUUCUCUUAACCAUUAAUAGAUUUUGCAAUGAUAUUUCCUGUUAAAGAAAUUACUAUUUAUAUUUUGGGGGGAUGAACUUAAAUUUUAUCAAAAACUGCAUUGUAAGAUAAAUAUCUAACGCUUGCAAAUUUUCUGUCCCUUGAAUUUAUGUCACAGUGCAAAACACUUAUUCUUCUUUACAUUUAAUACAAACACUUCUGUUGACAAAAUUCGGAGUAGUAUAGUUAGUCUAAUAUUUACUCUGAAUUUGAAGAUUUGAUGAAACAGUGUUUGUGCAAGAAGCCCACCUUAGAAUUCUGAAGGGUUAUUUCAUUAUUUUCGUAGCUUUUCUUUUUAACCUUUUUAUUAGCAUGUAGUAGAUUAAGUUGGGAAAACAUUUAAUACAUUAAUAUAAAUAAAUAUUUUCUAAGGGUGAUCAUCUGAUGCCACAAGUAAUCAAGCAGUCCUCACACUUAAGCAAAUGCUCCGUAAGUGAUAACCACCCCAAGAUUUUUCAGUAUACAUAUAAUAUAAGGAUGUAGAGCCAGUUGCAUUAUUUAAAUCUUGAAGAGAGUUCAAUUUUUGCACAUAUUUUAAGAUAGUAAUAUCUUUUGCUACUUGAAAAAUUAAAAUUUUUAAAUGAGAAGCAUAGAUAACUAUAACUUUAGAAGAGAAAGGGAAGGUAUUUUAUUUGGUUCUCAAAAAGUCAGCCUUCCUCUUAAAAAUAGCACAAGCCCACCUUUGAGUCACUAAAAAAAAAAAAGAAAAAAAGUUGAGUUGGCAAAGACCCAGAACAGCUGUGUAGAUGGCAUUAAACCCUCCUGUGCUUUGUUUAGAGGAAUGCAGAGUAAAGGGCCUUCUUGAUUCCCCAGGAAAUUCUCAAAGAUGUAGAAGAGAGAACCCCCACCCUCAAGCACCCUGUUCAUAUUUCUCAGAUGACUAGAGCUUAAGAGAAGGCAGAGAAGUGUACAAGCAUGGCCAGUUCUGCUGUGAGCAAAGAAUUGGAGUGGGACAGUGGAUGGGUCUGCUUCACGACUCCCUGCCUUGUGAUGAUGAGAAGACUAGAGCAUCUAACAAUGCUUCCAUUUUUUCCUUCUCAGUACCAAAGGCAAUUAAAUUAAAGUCAGCUACAAGUAACUUGCCAGUGUCAUGUUUUAUUUUUGUUGGAGAUUUUAAAAAAUUAUUUCCUCCCAGAUCAAUCCUUAUCCCAUAUUCUGCUUAGUUUCCAAGAGUAUUCUUUACUUUCUUCUGUCCUAUGUAGUUCUUUGCAUUUUGUAGACCUUAUUACUCAGGUUGAAUACUCACGACAUUUAUCAGACCUUCUGCAAAGAGCCUAGAAAUGUUCCUUUUUCAGGUGCCACCUCAAAGAGCUGACACCUCACUUGUGCCUUUGGCACAAACGUGCAGAACAGAUCAGUUGAUACAUAAAAGACAAAAGAACAGAGAUAACUGUUAUGCACCCCUCUACCUUCUACACUUACUUCUCUUUUAGAAUCACACUUUUUUGUUCAACCCACUAUAAAGUUGUUGAAGCCAAGAGAAUGUGGCCCUAACCAGGAAGUCUCAGUGCAGAAAAAUAGGUCCCCCUUUGGAGGGUUCUUACUUUCUGGUGGGUUGUGUGGAUAUGCUGUUUUGUGUCUCUGACACCAACUCAUCCCUGUCUUUGUGCAGAUGUCUAUUUAUAGAAGUAAAACCUAGGUAUUGAAGGAAUACUGACCGUGAUGCUCCAUGCUGUCAUCUAGGGCAAGCCAGGGCUUCACUUAGUAGAGCUUAUUAAUCAAACAAUGUAAAAUUGUGAUCAUCAUCUUCAUCUCCACUCUCCAUUGCCAAAAUCUUUGUUAAAACUACAAAUUCAUUGAUAAAAGAUUGUGCUUGUCAUUCUCAUUAUGCAAUUUCUCUUUAUUAAGCCUGGAUUUUUUUUAAUGAAUGUAUGAGUGAAUGAAAGAAUGAGUGAACAAACAUGGAGAACCUACUAUGUGCCAAGCAUUGUGCUAGGCACUUUGAAACAUUAGAACAUUUUGUGAUCCCAGUUUCAUUUUCUGUAUAAGGGUAGUUCAUACCAAUUUAAAUAUUUUCCAGUAUGAAUCAUGUUACAAAAUCCUUAAUUUUAUAUUUCAUUUAAAUUAAAGAGGAAAAGAAAUGGUUUAUAUUUUAAGCAAUGUUACUAUAUAAUACUAACAGCUGUAAUUGUAGUUAAUAACUUAAGAAAAAUGUCAAAUACUUGAUUUCUGUUGCAACCUUGACUAAAAUAUUUACUUUAAAAAUAAAUAAAAACUUCUUAUUUUGCUAUA